GCUCUCACGAAUCAUUGCAACUAGCUUUUAAUUCUAUAUGCGCCUCCUGUUUAUUACCUAAUUUUUAUUAUCACAAGUGUUUUGGAUUAAGCUUAUUCAACAAAAUUCAUGAGUUGUUAAUAUCUAGUUUACAAAAAAAUUAAAUUGUAUACAAACAAAGGUCAGGCAGAGUAUCUAUUCCAUAUCCAGUCAAAUGGAAAAAUCAAUCAACACCGACGCAGACCAGCAACUACCGGCGGAGAAUGGAAAUGGUGCUCAUAAAACAGCAGCUACCACCAUCCAAAGCCCCGAACAGCAGCAACGGCCGCGGAAACUAUCCUUCGAUGAUACCGAUAUAGAACUGUCUAAGCUGAAGCUUGGUGCAGCGGUCCGCCGGUUUCCACUUCCACACAUACUGGCGGCGACCGCCACUUGUGCCAUAGUCGUCCUGCUUGUACGGUACAUGCUGCCGUUUAAUUCGGGAUCCAUGGAUUCGGGCGUGGUUAUUCUGCAGCAGUGGUAUCGAAACGCUAUAGACCGGCUCAAUACUGCUACGGAAGCCGUCGACUACAACCGGUGGAAUUUAGUGUUUCAGACAUGGCUAAAUGAUGUACGGCAGCAACUCGAGGAUCCUUCACUGAUACUAUUGGCGGCCUUGUUUGGACUUGGUGUGAUGACCUUCACCUACCAUGUAAUUUAUCUGGACAGCAACAUCCCCGGAGUCAACCCACCGACACCGUUUUCCGCCAGCAAAAAGAAAAAUUUCUCCGAUAAGGAGCGUCGUUUCCAUUUGGGUUACGUAACGGCUCUUCUCAGUGGACUGACCGUGUUCUUGAUUUGUCUGCUGAUCGACUAGUUUUACAGCAUCCUAGUCACUCUAGUCGUCAUCAGAUUUCGUUAUAUAGAACAGGGCCUUAACUGCAAGAAAUCUACCCAUACAUUCUUAUCAUAGACGAUAAGGUGAUGUUGCACAAUCUUAGCUAUUUAUAGUAAAAAAAUGUAAAUAACUGAAAAGAGGAAGAGACUAACCAUCAUUAGUUUUAUCAAUGUUAAUUUUAAACUUAAUUCACUUCCUAAUGUGUCUCGAGUGGUUGACUCUUCACACCGAGGAAAAUUCAUAGCAAACAGCGGUAAUUAUGUCUAUUUUCGCCUUAAAUCGAAAUGUUAUUGUAUGUAGCGCAAUAGCUUUUUGGCAUCUUUAUAUAAACUUUAAAAUGUACAUUAAUUUUAAGCAUAUUUUACAUAUCUUGGUACAAAUAAAAUGGCAUGUUCCUGUAA